CAAAAGUAGCUGGAAGCGAAACAGAAGUCGACAAGCCAGACACACACGUACACACACACCGAGAGAGAGACGGACGGAUAUUUGUAUGUCUUCGCUUUGAGAAAACGAGUCGGACACCGGAUUAGAAACUUUUUCUCCUUACACCAACAGCUGAGGACAGCUUACGGAAAAUGACGAGCAGAAUGUUUCAGACUCUACACCUAUUCGUUUUAAGCUGUCUUUUUCUAACAGUUACAUCCCAAACAGGCAAAAUCUUACCACCACAAAAUGUGACGCUGCAGUGGAUUGGUGCUUUCCAACCUCACUUGUCCUGGUCGCCACCACGGCAUCAAGGGAGAAACUGCACAUAUGAAGUGUCAGUUGACAAUCGGGAGGUGAAGAACUACAGAAAAUCAUUUCUGGACACAUGUUCCUGGGAGAGAUCCUCGAUCAUAAUGAGUGGAGGAUUUCUGAACUUUUCUGUCAUAGCUGUUUGCAAUGGCAUAUACAGUAAACCGGCAGUCCAUGUCUUCUCUGACCCAGAGCUGGUGAAAAAUUUUGAGUGCUACGUCUAUACCCGCCGAAACACUCACUGUGGUUGGGUCCCAGACAGUCAUACUUCAGAUCUUCGGUUUUACUAUAGGUUAGAAAACCACUAUGCUGGAGGGAACUCAGAAUUACAAGAGUGCUCAUUGUACAACUACACUGGUGGUGUGAGGACUGGUUGCGAAGUGAAGGCCACCGACAAUCACAACAUCUUCGUCUUCUUUAAUGGAACACUGAACAACAGACUCGUCCGAAACACCUUUGAGAGAAAACUUGCCUUGAACGUGAGACCGCCUGCUCUUCAAUGGACAGUCACGAAAACUGAGGAUAAAUUCAAUAUCAGCUGGACUCCGCCUGACGUCUCACCACUGAAUGAAUGGACGUUCCUAUUAAAUUACACCGAGUGCAAUGUGCAGAAGCCGGAUAAACGCACAAAUAACACGUCGUGCGAGCUGGAUCGAAACCCUGACUGUAGGUACUGCAUCGCUAUUAAAGCUAAGAGAGCGGGCGGCGGAGAGACACCAUGGAGUCCUUACGAGUGUUUUGGGAAAGAUAUCGACGCGUUGGUGUACAUGGCCUUCAUCAUCCCAUUGGGGGUCACUGCCCUGGCGGUCUUGACGUUUAUCUGCUGCCGGAAGAAUAUAAAAAAGAUCUGCCCUAAAAUCAUAAAACCUGCAGAUUACAUCAGCGACAUCAUCAACAACAACAAUAAGGGCACGGUUUGGAACUUUCCUAUCCCAGUAGAGGAAGAACACACCUGUGAAAUCACUGUGAUGGAUCCGCAAGUCUACACACCAGAUUGCUGACACGUCUCUGAUGCUAACUCGCACUUUGAGUGAAAAAAAAAACAAAAACACGUUGGCAGCUGCGUUCGCACAAACCGUGCACACACUGAUGCAGCUGAGAUGCCGACUUCACACGGCUUAGCAGCUGUUAUUUACCGUAGAUUGAGUAGGUUCCACUGAAUGACAAUUCCUCACCAGGACGAGCCAGCGCAUUACCUUGAAUUCAUAUUCACACCAGCAUUUCUAAAACAAUUCGCGUUGCAUCAAGCCAAACAAUUACAUCCAAGAUCACAUUUUAUUUGCACUAAAUGAGCUCAGCAUUAUACAUUUUUGCACCAACAACUACUUCUGUGAGCCCUUUUCGGACAGCAGAGCCUGAGUGGAUAGGACAAACUUAGGCUGAGCAGUAAUCAUCAGGUAUCCCUGGAGUCGUUAAAGCAAUAUGGUUGCAUUUUUUUAAAGCAUUAACCAGGCGUUAAAUGCUGAACAUUGGCUGGUCCGAGGUUGAGGGAAUGUUUUUUACUGUUUAUAUGACUGUUAAUUAUCAUAAUCUAGGCACUUUUAUCCUUGUGUUGUUCAGGUUUGUCACCUGUAGUCCCAAUGAUGCCAAUGCAAAAAAAAAAAAAAAGAAUAUGUGUUUUUAGAAAUGUAUAGGUUUAUUUUUGAUUCAAGCAUUAGUUUGCUUUUUGAUAUCUUCCCCAGAACAGCGGACCAAUCUUCUAAGUUUACCCUGAAACACUUGCUUUUUUCUUUUCUUUUUUUUCUUUUCUGUGAACAUUAUCCCUGUUGGUGCUUCCAUACUGUUAAAGCUAUUGUACGUCUUAUUGCCAGACAUUACGUGUCGCUCAUUUCAACGACAGACUCCUAUUGAGUCUAAAAAUGGGUGACUCGGAGAGGACUGAAGGCCAGUAUGAACCUACUGACCCUGUGAACAAUUCCCCAACGAGCUGUUGGACAACAUUGCCCAUUGUUGGACGAUGGAUUAAUUGCACUUUGGCAUGACAAACUGGGCUACCCUAAAGAAUCACACUGAUUCAGGUAGACUGCAGCGGAUGCAUAUUUUAAUGACUGAUCAUUUAGCUUUGACUAACCUUCUAUUUUUUCAGUAGGACUUUAGAAAGAUUGUGCACUUCAUGUGUUUUCAGAUUGAGAUAAAGCUUGUUGGUCUUUUGUCUGUGAGCAUAAGAGAAGCAUUAAAAAAAAAAAAAGCUUUUAACCACCUUGAUAAGCUGCUUAAGGCCCCAAAUGCCCGGAUUGUUGACCAGAGGUUUGGUCUGGUUUCCAAUCACUGUUUACCUGCUAGACCACCAAAAACUAACUACCAAGCUAACAAGGAUGCUAAACUUCGGAGAUCAUUAAUGUCACAAUUAGGACUUUUUGGAAUAUUUUGAUUUAUGUAGUUCAUUGUCUGCAGGAACAGAAAAUAGCUCAAGGCCUAAAAGAGACAUCCGCCAGCAAAAUACAGCUAAACCAGUUGUUUUUCAACUCAAGGGCAGCAAAUUUAUCACAAAACUGGGCUGGAACACCCUUAAUUCAUCGCUUUUUAUUGUGCAAACUCAAGGUCGAAGCUCAAACCUGCACUUAUGGUUCAAAUAAAUUCUCCAAUGAUUUUCUUUAUUUCUGCUUCCAGAACAGCCCUGAGAAGUUUGAAGAGCUAAAAAAAAAAAAAAUCACCUGAAGGUUGUGACAUUUGCUCUCUUUAAUAGUGCACAAGAAGACAGCUCCAAUGAAUGUACGGUGUUUGAAGACACCCUGGUAACUGAAGAUCUUAAAGUUGUUUUGUAUGGAAGGUAGACUGAAGCCUCUUCAACAGACAAAGCGCCUGUUGAAGGGCGUAAGAAUAAAACACUGGCGCGUGAAAUAGUUCCUAGUUUGAAUGUUUGGAUGACAUGCUGGUUAUAACGCUUCUUAUAAAUUGUUUAUUAUUCACUUUAUGCAGUUUUUUUUACCCUAUGUACAUUUGCAGAUGUUCAGAAAGACAGGGGCCAAAAAGUGAUCGCUAAACUAUGGGAUGAGGUGCAGGAACAUGACACACAAAAUGCUUUUGUUUGAACCUUGGAGAGAGUUCACCUCCUCAGAAAAAACAUCUAUAUGUACCUUUGCACAAAGACAGGAAACAUGGAAACGGAAGAAGAAGUCUGUAUUUGUCACCGCUACAUUGCAGCAGAAUAGAAUUUUCUUUGCAUAACUCAAGCUUUUUGGAGAAGUGUGAUCAGAGCAGAUUUGCUCUUGGGCCUAAACAACGGCUUGUGUCCAGGGCCACAACCGCUGAUUCACCGCUUCUGUGCAAAGGUAGAAAUGUCUUCCUGAUGUCUCACUUGCUAAAUCUAUUCACAAACUCCUCUCUUACUGUUUUCUUGUCUCAUCAUGUUCCCUCACUAGUAAAUAAACAGGUUUUUUCUAGUUUUGUAAAUAUAGUACCAGUAGAAAUGAUUACCUCACUAUAUUCUGCAUUAAAGAUUUGCUUUGAAUUUA